AUGAAUAUUAGAUAAUAUAAAUUGGUUAAACGCAUUGGAGGAGGCAGAUUUGGAGAAAUAUUUUGCUGUAUUGAAACAGAAACAAAUUUGAAAUAUGCAAUUAAAUUAGAACCAAGAAAAGCAAAACAUUAGCAAUUAUUAUUAGAAGCUAAAAUUUAUGAAGAAUUAUAAUGUGAAGAACAAUUUAUUCAAUCAGGUAUUCCAAAAAUGAUAUCAUAUGGUGAAGAAGGUAAUUAAUUUUUAAAUAUUAGGCGAUUUCAACUUUAUAAUUUUUGAUUUACUAGGCUAUUCACUUGAUAACUUAUUUAAUUAAUGCAAUAAAAAGUUUUCAUUGAAAACCGUUCUAGUUAUAGCUGAUUAAAUGCUGUUGAUAUUAGAAUUCAUUCAUUCUAGAGGUUUUUUACAUUUAAAUUUAAAACCUUCUGAUAUUAUGAUAGGAUGUUUGGAAAAGUAAUAUCUCAUUAUAAUUUAUUAAAGUGCUCAUAAAAUAUAUUUAAUAGACUUUGGAUUGGCUUUAAAAUAUAUUGAAGUUUAAUAAUAAAAUAAAUUCAAUGAAUAACAACCAUCCUUUGAAAAGCUUAGAAGAACAUCUAUAUUUUCAUCGGUUGAUUCCCAUAUUGGAAAAGUUUAAGUAAGUUAAUUUAAUGUAUUCAGGGUAGAAGGGAUGAUCUUGAAUCUUUAGGAUAUAUAAUGAUAUACUUUUUAAGAGGUUCAUUGCCAUGGUAAAGUACUUAUAAUGAUAAAUUAAACCAUGAAUACGAUAAGAUGGUCUAUCUAAAAUCAUCAAUGACGAUUGUAACAUUAUGUAAUGAUCUACCAGAGGAGUUUUAAAAAUAUUUUACUUAAAUAAAAAAAAUAAAUUUUAAUGAAAAACUUGGUUAUAGAUUAUUAAGGUAAUUACUACAAGGCCUUUUUCAAAAAAUGGAUUUCAAAUAAGAUAAUAUAUAUGAUUGGAAUAAUAUAUAAAAUCUACAGAAUUGA